CAAGGAGUUGCUCUUGUCACCAGCUAUUGUUCUCACUGAACCUUAGAUACUCGAGACUAUAAUCAAACAACCACAUCAAUGCAAGUGUGUCCAAUCAUUGUAGAACCACAGAAUGACUCUGUUCAAGCUGUGAUAUCUACUAGAGCCAUGGCUAGUACUGGAUUGGCCGAUACAGUUUAUAAUACUGAGUCUGUUGCAACCAGCUUCAACAGCAAUCAUAGUAUGAGUUCGCAUUCGUUAGUAUUACCUCUGACUGAGCUGCAGUUGGGCGAAGCGGCACUUUCUCAGAGUCUUCCUUCUCAAAGUACUCAAAUCAGCCAUCAGAUGCUUAAUACUUCUGGAAACAACUUGCAUGAGGAAACUCAACCCGAUCGAUCACUGUUUCGACUUCAUGGUCGUUCUCGAUCUUCAUCUGCAGCCAAGAAUGUCGUUACUGCAUUCGAACUUCAAUUGGAUCAAAACAAGACCACGUUUUUACCGGGUCAGCGCAUCGAUGGACAUGUGGGUCUAUCGAUCUCUAGUGAAUGCAGUGUCAAGCUCUUGCGGGUACGAUUCAGCGGAUUGAUCAGUACUUAUACAAACAAAAGAAAGAAUAGAAAGCCAAAUACAGACGAUCAGCAAUCCAUUGUAUUUUUGUUUCGGGAAAUAUUCAACCAUCUUGGAAGUGGUCAACCGGGUCAUCCACCCGUCAUUCUCGAGGCCGGCGACCAUACAUUUCCAUUUUCCUUUCGAGUUCCUCCUACAUCAUUGCCUGCUUCAUUCGUUGGGCCUUAUGGCGAGAUUCGAUAUGAAGUAGCAGCCAUUUUCUUGCAUUCAUAUCUUCCAAAACAGAUGGUGACGGUACCCAUUACAAUUCCAUCAACUUUAGACGUGAAUACGUCGGAGCUUCAAGAGCCAAAAACAAUAGAGUUGACAUGUGGAGCUGGCAGACUUUGGUGGAAAAGUGGUCAUAUCGAUAUUUGUGCAUCGCUUCCUAGACAUGGUUUUACAAGUGAGGACACGGCUUCGCUUAAAAUUGAGAUAGUCAACCAUUCAGCUAAUGCAUUGAUUAUCCAAGACAUUGCGUUAAAACAACAGGUUAUGUACAAGGCAUUUGCAGAAGUUCGAGGACCUCGGACAGAACGCAUUCAUAAAAUCAACUUUUCAGAACGAAUAGGAGCCACGACUCGAAAAAUCACUCGUCUCGUGCAGUUUCCUAUUCCAGCAUCUUCUGUUAUUUCACCCGAUAUUUCAACUCCCGUGUUACAAGUUACUCAUUCUAUUGGAUUCAAAGUACAAAGCUGUGCUCCGUGGUCCCAAACUUGCAAAGUGUACUUGCCGAUUGUUAUUGCAGGGUUUCCAUUCACCUUGUUUGAUGACAACUUGCUACGUAGAUCUGUAGACACGUUACCCAUAUAUGACGGAAGUCGUGGUACGGUCGAACCACGCACACCUGGAAUGGCAAGCAUGUAUGAGGACAUUGAUGAUGAAAACAUUGAGAUUAGCAUAUCUGAUGUAUCUCUAGUUCAAAACAUUAUUGCCCAAUCGAAUAGUCCACGAGGUUUAGUGCCUCAGUUAUAUCUGGAGCAAAGCAGCAACCUUCGUACUGCCCAUUCUAUGGAUUCUGGUUCAUUUGACAGUUAUGAAGGAAGACCGUCUUCGAAUAUCAUACCUCACACUAUAACUAGACAGGAUGCAUAGCUGAAAUUUAAUAGCGCUCUUGCACUACUUGUGCUUGGAUUUGGUUUCAACUGAUACUAUUUGUAGUAUGCAGAUGCAUUUAUGCCAUCUUGAAUUUGUUCAUGAACAGCUCAUUUCAUUCACGAAAUCAAUAUACAAUCCCUAUAACUGUCCUGU